AUGUUUGUAGUCCUCCCCCUUUCAUUCGGGCGUGUUUGUAGUCCUCCCCUUUCAUUUAGGGCGUUCCUCCCCUUUCAUUCAUAUGUUUGUAGUCCUCCCCUUUCAUUCGGGCGUGUUUGUAGUCCUCCCCUUUCAUUCGGGCGUGUUUGUAGUCCUCCCCUUUCAUUCGGGCGUGUUUGUAGUCCUCCCCCUUUCAUUCGGCGUGUUUGUAGUCCUCCCCCUUUCAUUCGGCGUGUUUGUAGUCCUCCCCCUUUCAUUCGGCGUGUUUGUAGUCCUCCCCCUUUCAUUCGGGCGUUCCUCCCCUUUCAUUCGGCGCGUGUUUGUAGUCCUCCCCCUUUCAUUCCCCCUUUCAUUCGGCGUGUUUGUAGUCCUCCCCCUUUCAUUCGGCGUGUUUGUAGUCCUCCCCCUUUCAUUCGGCGUGUUUGUAGUCCUCCCCUUAUCCCCAGGACCCUGCCCCCCUUUCAUUCCGUCCACCUUCCCCAACCCCCCACCGCCCGCCGCCGGGUAAUUCGGCCUGUUCGUAGUCCACCUUGGGUUGGCCGCCGCCCGCCGGGCCGGUCAUUAAAUGUUCGUGAGUCCACCUUUCAACCCCCCCCCGCCCACCGCCGGGUCAUUCGCCUGUUCAGUCCACCUUGCAACAAACCGCCUGGUCAUUCGCCUGUUCAUGAAGUCCACCUUGCAACAAACCGUGAAAACAUUAACCUGUUCAAUAACCAUCACAAGACCUUGCAACAAACCGCCUGGUCAUUCGGCCUGUUCAAUAUAGUCCACCUUGCAACAAACCGCCAUGGGUCAUUUUCCUGUUCAAAGUCCACCUUGCAACAAACCGCCGGGUCAUUCGGCCUGUUCGCGAGUCCACCUUACAACCCCCCGCCCACCGCCGGGUCAUUCGGCCUGUUCGCGAGUCCACCUUACAACCCCCCCCGCCCACUGCCGGGUCAUUCGGCCUGUUUGUAG